UUCCGCAGAUCCGAAUUCCCUCUUUUUCUAUCGUUUUAUAGUGUUUCCUCGUCUUUAAAUGUCGUAUUUUGAUGGGUUUUAGUUGAUUUUACAAUUUACAAUGUUCGCGACGGCAUGAACUGAUGCUGAUUGAAAACCUAAAUUGCGUGUGCUGAAGUAUAUUCUUUUUCAUAACACGCAAUUCAUCUAAUCCCAACAACGUAAAGAAAUUCGGGUUUAGUUCCUUCUAAUCGUAGUCAAGAAAGAUUAGGGUUAGUAUAUAAAUUGGGUUUUAUCAUCUUGUUCCCAAUUGUUCAAGGAAAAGGUACGAUUUGAAUAUUUGAUACCUUCAGGUGCAUAUUACUAACAAGAUAAGAUGGAAGGUAGCAUAGUCAGACGUGUAAUUCCCUCAGAUAACAGUUGCCUCUUCAACGCUGUUGGGUAUGUCAUGGACCAUGACAAAAAGAAGGCUCCAGAACUGAGACAGGUUAUAGCUGCUGCAGUAGCCAGUGAUCCAACAAAAUAUUCUGAAGCAUUUCUUGGGAAACCUAACGAAGAAUAUUGUUCUUGGAUACUUAACCCGGAGAAAUGGGGAGGUGCGAUAGAGCUUUCAAUAUUAGCGGAUUUCUAUGGACGUGAAAUAGCAGCAUAUGAUAUACAAACAUCAAGAUGCGACUUGUAUGGACAGGAAAAGAAGUAUCCUGAAAGAGUUAUGUUGAUAUAUGAUGGACUCCACUACGAUGCUUUGGCUAUGUCCCCUAUGGAUGGAGCUCCUGAAGAGUUUGAUCAGACGAUUUUUAGUGUAAAUCCAGAUACUAGGACCAUUGGAUCAUACGAAUCACUUGCUCUAAAUCUUGUAAAAGAUCAACAAAGGAAACGGAGUUAUACAGACACUGCCAACUUCACCUUGCGUUGUGGGGUUUGCCAAAUUGGUGUCAUUGGUCAAAAGGAAGCUGUAGAACAUGCACAAGCAACAGGGCAUGUAAACUUUCAAGAAUAUAAAUGAAGAAAACAAGUUUCUUUUCUUUGUUUUUUUUUUUUUUUUUUUUUUUUAAAAUCAAUCAACUCUUCAAGUGUCUGGUACCAAUAAGUUUGUGUUGUUGAUUAAGAAAAUGUUGUAAAACUUUGUAUCAUAUGCACUGCAAUUGUUGGUUUC